AUGAACUAUUUCGUCAGGGCUAAUGAGGGAAGACAAAUGGAACUAAAAUGUUUUGUUAUUGCUGGUUGUUGUGAUAAACCAGCACAAAGUCUAUUACAAAAUUUGAAUGAACAUAACGGUUUUUUUGGGUGUGGAGAAACGAAAUGGACAGCAAACGGACAUGGAACUGUACGUAUAUAUCCGCUUCCACCAGCAAAUAAACCACAACCGGCCGUUAGAACAAACACAACAUAUGACAAAUGUAUGUUAGCUAUUGAAGAACAAGACCAAAGAAAAAACCAUAUCAGAAGUAAAAAACAACAAGAAGCUGAGCGUAAUCAACGGGAAGGGUGGCUAGGACCAUGCCAUUUUCGAAAUUUAAAAUAUUUCGAUGUUGGAAUGAGCUUUUUAUCUGAUUCGUUACACAAUGUGUAUAGAGGAGUGGGGAGGAUAUUACUAAAUCUUUGGUUAUUAGCCAAAUAUAAACACGAAGAAUGGUCAGUUUAUUUACAUAUUAAUGAUAUUGACAGUUUGUUGGCUUGUUAUAAAUUUCCAACUAAUUCUACACGUGUGCCAAGGUCCUUGCUAAAACUCCAUCGAUAUAAAGCGAAUGAAAUUAGAAAUAUUAUUUUAAUUGGAUUUUAUGCAUUUAAAAGUUUUCUAAAAAAACGAUACUAUGAUCAUUUUCUGCUAUUGGUAAUCGGCUUACAUUUAGCAGAAUCGACUGAAGUUGAUCGAACAGAUGUACCGAUUAUAAAGUCAUUAUUUUUUGAAUUUUUACAAUUAUUUCCAAAAUUAUAUAACAAUAGACAAAAUGUACAAGUGGUUCACAGUGUAAGCCACAUAGCACAAUCAAUUGGACUGUUUUCUAGUUUGUGUCAGUAUUCAACAUUUAAUUUCGAAUCCGUCUUAGGAAUGAUAACAUCCUCCAUUAACUCUACGCGACGCCAUGCACAAGAAAUCAUAAAUAAAUUAACUUUAAUUAAGUUAUCGUCGAUGGAAACUGAAAAUUUUGAAAAUAAACACUAUAAACAAUUUGUCAAUUAUCUUCAAGUGUCACGAAAAUAUAUUCGUCUGAUUGAAGAUGAAGAAAAUUAUCAAACUGAACGUGUUCAAAGUAAAACGAAACUUCAUUUAAACGAUGAUCAAAAACGUUAUUUAGUUGCUUCGAUCAAUGAUGAACAAUUUCAAACAUUUGAUAAGAUAACAAUCAAUUUCAUUCAUUAUUCUACAAUGAAUUAUUGUGCAGAGAAAACGUUUAAUGAUGCAUGUAUUUUAUAUCUAUCAAAUAAUGAAUUAUUUGUCGGAUUUAUUAUUCGUAUAAUACAAACAAUCAAAAGCAAUCAAAGUUUUAUUCAAAUUCAACGAGUAAAUUUAACCGAUCAAAUAAAAACAACUGUAAAUGAAAACAUCGUCAAAUGUAAAAAUGUUUUCUUUGGAAAACUUCUCGAUGAAACAACUGUCAUUCAAUCACAUAAGAUAGUUGAAAAGAUUUGUUUUUUUGAAAACAACAAUUGCUAUCUGUUUUUUCGGUUUCCCUCAUUAGUCGAGUCAAGUUAGAAGGUUAUGCUUGCUUGAGAGGUGAAAGUUUAUGUUAUAAAAUACGUGCCCUAUCGUAAAUCAUUUAAUAAAACUUGUUGGCAGUCUCUAUCUUUUUCCGCAGAAUGACUAAAGAAAAUCAGUGUGGUUGCUCUUAUGUACCUUACUAUUUUUGUAUGACGUAUUACCUUUUAAAACAGACAUAUAGGCGCCUUAUUAAUAAAUUUAGCAUUGUUUUCAAGAAAAAUUUUAUUUGGCGAAAAACGCAAAAGUUUUACUAAUUUUGGGCUAAUACAAAAUUUUGUAAAUAUUUGAUUGAAUAAUUUUGCAAAAGUUUGUUUCUUGCAAAAUCCACAAUAAAAAUGUCAUAUUUUUUGCAAAAAUGACAAAAGAAUUAUCCACAAAAUUCUGCAUUAGUUAACCUUUCUUCAAAAUUUUGUAAAUACUUGGUUGAAUUAUUUUGCAAAAUUUUGUUUCUUGCAAAAAUUCCCAAUAAAUUUAUCAUAUUUUUUGCAAAAACAAAAUUUUGCGAAAAAUGAGAAAAAGAUUAUCUACAAAAUUCUGCAUUAGAUGACUUUUUUGCAAAAUUUUGUAAUUAUUUGGUUGAAUAAUUUUGCAAAAUUUUGUUUCUUGCAAAAAUCCGCAAUAAAUUUGUCAUAUUUUUUGCAAAAACAAAAUUUUGCAAAAAGUAACAAAAAAAUUAUCGA